UUGUGAAAUCAGUCCUGGAUUUGUUGGCAUCCUGAUCAUAACAGGAUUUCAUGAGAGAAUAUUUUCAUUAAUGUGUGAUUUGAGUUAAAAAUUUCGCAGGUAAAAAAAUCAGGGGAUAAUUAGAUACAUAUUUUCUGGUGAAAAUGAUUUCCGGAACAGUGAUAGCUCUCGGAGUGGUGCUGGGAUGUCUGAUCUAUUUCGUCUUUUUGAGGAAGCCCAGGUGGAAAAAUACUCCUCCAGGGCCUCGUGGACUACCGUUAAUUGGACAUAUCCUCCAACUGGACAAAUUCCAACAUGUCACAUUCAGCAAAUGGGCGAAAGAAUACGGACCAUUGUGCAAAUUGAAUUUUGGUUCAUUAAACAUGGUGAUCGUCUCGGACUACAAAAUGUUGAAAGAGAUGUUUUCCUACCCCGCAUUUUCUGGAAGGAUGGACUUUUCUGAGUUUGACUUCAUCAUGGACGGCAAAGUGCAUGGGAUUAUCAACACGGAAGGCGAACACUGGGAGGAACUCCGACGUUUCACGUUGCGACAGUUGCGCGACUUUGGUUUCGGAAAGGGCACGAUGGAGGACUCCAUCAUGCUGGAAGUCCACGAGCUUAUCGAAGGUCGACGACAUCAAGGAGCGUCUGCUUCUGGCCGUGGUGAACUCGUUGUGGGCCAUUCGCACGGGGAUAAGGCACAAACAGAAUGCGCAUUUGAUGAAAUUAUAGAGGGUGGAGGAGCCCUCAUAUUGAUGCCAUGGCUAGUAAAAUUCUUCCCAAGGUGGACUGGCUACACGAAAAUGAAACAUGCACUGGCCGAAUUGGCCGAUUACAUGAGACAACCAGGGAUUGACCACGAGAAAACGAGACAGGAUGACUUCGACAGAUAUUUUACGGACGCAUUUUUAAACGAAAUUGCAAAAACUACGGAUCCGAAUUCCGCGUUUAUGGGAAAAGUGGGUGUGGACCACCUAGCCAAAACUCUGGGCGAUUUAUAUUUCGCUGGAACGGAUACUACUGCAACGACGCUGUCCUGGAUGAUGCUUUACCUCAGUAAAUUUCCAGAAAUUCUGGAAAAGUUUCAAAAGGAAAUUGAAUCCAUUAUGGGCAACAGUAGGUCAACUAUUCUGUCAGACAGGCCAAACAUGCCAUACACUGAAGCCCUGAUCGCAGAAACGUUACGUUUCUCUACCAUAACCCCGCAAGGAGUCCAACACAGGGCGAUGAAGGAUCAAGAGUAUAAAGGUUAUCUCAUCCCGAAAGACACCGUCAUCACGGCCAACGUGCACUACAUCCAUUUCGACCCGAAAGUCUGGACGGAUCCGGAGAACUUCAGACCCGACCGGUUUUUAAGCCCGGAUGGAAAAACGUUCAAAAAGCAUGACGCCCUGAUCCCCUUUUCCACGGGGAGGGGGCCUUUCUCCCCAACUUUCGCCAAUGUCUUGGCGAAAGUUUGGCGAGGGACAGCCUUUUCCUCUUUGCGACCAAUAUCGCGCAAAGAUUCGAUAUUGUGUUUGAAAAAGACGGGCCGGAUAAUGGGUUCGAGUCGAAGAUAUCCUUUAUACUGACGCCAAAACCGUUCAAUGUAAUUUUUAAGGAUUUUCGAUAAGGAGCAGGACCCUCAUAAGUGGCAUAAUAUGCAAUAAAUACAUGACUUCAUAAUGUGUACACAUAUUUUAAUGCUUGAAAUGUACAAAACGGGGAUGACUGUUGUCCAUCAUGAUUCAGCAUAAUGAAUAAAUUCAUACGAGUCAAUCAAAUAAAAAAUAUAAAUAAAUAAAUAAAUAACUAAUAUGGA